AUGAAUCCACAAUCACCGGUUCGGCCCGAACCGGAUCAUCCGGCUCGUUUCGCUCUACCACCCGGUUCCCAUCGCAAAGUCGCGAUCGCCGUUGAUCUCAGCGACGAAAGCGCCUACGCCGUCCGAUGGGCUGUUCAAAACUAUCUCCGACCAGGCGAUACCGUGAUCCUCCUCCACGUCCGUCCAACUAGCGUCCUCUACGGCGCCGAUUGGGGUCCCGUUGAAAAAACCCUAAACAUCAACGACGGUGAUUCAUCAGAGGAGUCACAGCAGAAAAUCGAAGACGAGUUUGCCAAUUUCACGGCGACGAAAGCGAGUGACCUUGCGCAACCGUUGGUGGAGUCGCAAACUCCGUUUAAGAUCCACAUUGUGAAGGAUCAUGAUAUGAAGGAGAGGUUGUGUUUGGAAGUUGAGAGGCUUGGAUUGAGUGCUGUGAUCAUGGGAAGCCGUGGAUUCGGUGCUUCGAAGAGAGCUUCUACGGGGAGACUUGGAAGUGUGAGUGAUUAUUGUGUUCGUCACUGUGUUUGUCCUGUUGUUGUUGUUCGUUAUCCGGAGGAGAGUAAUGGCGGUGGAGUUCAGGGGAAAGAUAGUGGUGGUGUUGGUGAAAAAGUGGAACUUCAUUCUGUGCCUGAGGAAGAACAUGAGGAGUAUCAUGAUGCUAAUGAUGAACAGAAAGAUGCUUAA